AUGGAGCAGCAACGGGCGCGCGCACAGCUCCAGUCAGUCCCACCGCUUUGCCACAGGGAGCGCGCACGGAGCGCGAUAAGACAAGAGCCGGGAACGCGGAAACAGUGCAAGCGGUUGACGAUAGAGCUGAGGUGCAUUAGCCGGCGACUGCGGGAAAGAGCGACGCUCACCGCAGAAACCGCGUUUGAAAGCCCAGUAUCUGGGUGUAACAGAUUUACUUUUAUUUCAGGUCGUCGGAUAAGAAGCCCGUUUGAGUGGAUAAAACCGCACCAGCGAGGAAAAAGGCGGAUUGUUUCUCUCUCCGGCUUGACUAGAAUUAGUCGGGAUUUGAGAAUGUCGGGGAGCCGAGAGGAGGAGCGGCGGAAACUCGCCGACAUCAUCAACCACUGGAACGCCAACCGGCUCGACCUGUUCGAGAUCAGCCAACCGACUGAGGACUUAGAGUUCCAUGGCGUGAUGCGCUUUUACUUCCAGGAUCGAGUGGCGGGGAACUUCGCCACAAAGUGUAUCCGAGUGUCCAGCACGGCGACCACGCAGGAUGUGAUCGAGACGCUGGCGGAAAAGUUCAGACCGGAUAUGAGGAUGCUGUCUUCUCCCAAAUACUCCCUCUAUGAGGUCCAUGUCAGUGGCGAAGAGAGGAAACUGGACUUGGAUGAGAAACCACUGGUCGUACAGCUGAACUGGAACAAAGACGACAGAGAGGGCCGCUUCGUUCUCAAGAACGAGAACGACAUCAUGCCCAAGAAAUCACUGACAAAUGGCCCUGAGAAAGAGAAGGAGGGGGUGAUCCAGAACUUCAAAAGAACACUGUCCAAGAAGGAGAAGAAGAAAGAGAAGAAGAGGGAGAAGGAGGCCUUUUCCAGAAUUCCAGAUGGAGACGAUCACACACUGAACCGCGAGGAUGGAGAGAACUCUAGGUUGGCUGCUGAGGUAUAUAAAGACAUGCCAGAGACCAGUUUCACACGGACCAUUUCUAACCCCGAGGUGGUGAUGAAGAGGAGACGACAGCAGAAGCUGGAGAAGAGGAUGCAAGAAUUCCGCAGUGGAGACGGUCGACCGGACUCAGGAGGGACUUUGAGGAUCUACGCCGAUAGUCUGAAGCCAAACAUUCCCUACAAGACCAUCCUGCUCUCAACUACUGAUAUGGCUGACUUUGCUGUGGCCGAGGCUCUGGAGAAAUACGGUCUGGAGAAGGAAAAUCCCAGAGAUUACUGCAUCGCCCAGGUGAUUCAUGCAAAUGAUAAACCAGUGAAGGAGACUAUACUAGACGACACGGAUUGCCCUCUGCAGAUCCUCAGAGACUGGACAAGCGAUAAAGAGGCCUUAGUAUUCCAGCUGAAAAAGCGUCCUCCAGACUAUGCUCCAAGAAAAGGACGUAAGCCCGACAACAGGAUGGGACCGCCUCACGGAUCCAUUCCUCCCGAGAAACUGCCCUACCUGGUUGAACUGAGCCCAGGGCGAGGGAGUCACUAUGCCUACUACUACUGCCAUCAUGAAGAUGGGUCAGACUCCAGGGAUAAACCCAAACUUUACCGACUACAGCACAGCCUCACUGAGGUUGGAUCUGACCGGAGUGAAGAAGGAAACAUUCAGCUGUUUGGGCCUGGGAUUCUGCCUCACCACUGUGAACUGAUGCAUGAGGACGGGCUGGUGACUGUGACCCCUGUCAGUUUGGAUGCUGAGACAUUCGUGGAUGGACAGCGGAUCUCUGACACUACGGUUCUGCGCAGCGGGGUGACCGUCCAGUUCGGAGCCACUCACGUCUUCAAAUUCGUAGACCCCAUCAAUGACCACAGCAUGUCCAAGAGAGACCCAGGGCCCAUGAUGAAGGGCAGACACAAAUCAGGUGUCCCAGAAACGACCUUUGACCUUCACGGGGACUUUCAUAGUGGCUCUGCUCUCCCUACAAGCAAGAGCUCAGGGAAGCUGGUGAUGGAGCGUUCAGGAAACAGUGAAAGAGGCUUGGUGAAGCCCAUGAUUAGAGGAGAACAACAGGACUUUAACAAACAUGAUGGAAGGUCCCAGGACGGCCCAGAGCUCACUCUGCCGGCCAGCAUCGAGUUCAGGGAAAACUCCGAGGAUGCCUUCCUGUCUGCCAUCAUUAACUACACCAACAGCUCAACGGUGCACUUCAAGCUGUCCCCCACCUAUGUGCUGUACAUGACCUGCCGUUACGUCAUGUCCAGCCAAUACCGGCCUGACAUCAGCCCCUCUGAGCGAACACACAAGUUCAUCGCCAUUGUCAACAAGAUGGUGAGCAUGAUGGAAGGAGUUAUCCAGGAGAUUGCUGAAGGUGAUCAGAAACAGAAGAACAUCGCAGGGGCUCUGGCCUUCUGGAUGGCUAACGCCUCAGAGCUGCUGAACUUCAUCAAACAGGACAAGGAUCUGAGUCGCAUCACGCUAGAUGCACAGGAUGUUCUCGCUCACCUGGUUCAGAUGGCUUUUAAGUACCUGGUGCACUGCCUGCAGUCAGAUCUGAAUAACUACAUGCCAGCUUUCCUGGAAGAUCCCGAUGAACAGAACCCACAGAGGCCCAAGAUAGAGGACGUUCUGCACACAUUAACGGGCGCCAUGUCUCUUCUGCGGCGGUGCCGUGUCAACGCGGCCCUCACCAUUCAGCUGUUCUCGCAGCUCUUCCACUUCAUCAACAUGUGGCUCUUUAACAAGCUGGUGACAGAGGCAGACUCGGGACUGUGCUCGCACUAUUGGGGCGCCAUCCUGCGACAGCAGCUCAGCCACAUCGAGGCUUGGGCUGAGAAACAGGGUUUGGAGCUGGCCGCAGACUGCCACCUCAGUCGCAUAGUGCAGGCAACGACCCUCCUCACCAUGGACAAAUACUCCAUGCAAGAUGUGCAGAACAUCAACAACACCUGCUUCAAGCUCAACUCUCUGCAGCUCAACGCUCUGCUGAGCAACUACCACUGCGCUCCUGAUGAACCCUACAUUCCUCCUGAGCUGAUUGAUCACGUGGUGACUGUGGCCGAGAACACGGCGGACGAACUGGCCCGAAGCGAUGGGCGGGAAGUACAGUUGGAAGAGGACCCUGACCUCCAGCUGCCUUUCCUACUGCCCGAGGACGGCUACUCGUGCGACGUGGUGCGGAACAUUCCCAAUGGAUUCCAAGAGUUCCUAGAGCCGCUUUGCCAGAGAGGUUUCUGUCGAUUGACACCUCAUCCACGCUCUCCGGGAACUUGGACCAUCUAUUUUGAAGGAGCCGAUUGUGACCGUCACUUCUCAGCUGACACGUCAGAACUGCCAAUGCAGAAGGAACCGGAAAUUGUGACAGUGACUUUGAAGAAACACAAUGGGAUGGGCCUCAGUAUUGUGGCAGCCAAGGGUGCCGGACAGGACAAACUUGGCAUUUACAUCAAGUCUGUUGUCAAAGGAGGUGCGGCAGACGUGGAUGGGCGUCUGGCUGCAGGAGACCAGUUGCUCAGCGUGGAUGGGCGAAGUCUGGUCGGCCUCUCACAAGAGAGGGCGGCGGAAUUGAUGACACGAACCGGCUCAGUCGUAACACUCGAGGUGGCCAAACAGGGAGCCAUUUACCACGGUCUGGCCACGCUCCUCAACCAGCCGUCCCCCAUGAUGCCCCGCGCAUCAGACCGUGGACGUGGAGACAAGGGAAAGAUGAGAGAGGAGCCCUCUCCACCUCAUCCAGAGGCGUAUCCGAUCCCCACUCAGACAUACCCAAGGGAAUACUUCACCUUCCCAGCCUCCAAAUCUCAGGACAGGAUGGGCCCUGGGCAGCCCUGGCAAAACAACGAAUUGGAGCCUCUCCCCCCUAUGGAUAACCACUCUAACAACAGCAUGGCUAUGCAGCGGGUUGCUCGCUCUCAGGAGGAGUUGUGCGACAUGCCGGGCGGGUACCCAGGUGAACACCUGCGCCAGGAAGACCUGAUGCACCUGCAGCAGCAGCGUGAGGCCGAGUACCAGCGAGGCGGUGGCGAACACUGGAACCACCAGAUGUCCUCCUCGGUGGAGUCCAGCACCUCCAGCCAAGAACACCUCAACUACUCGUCAUCCUCUGGCUCCAGGAUCCAAGGCAAUCACAAGAGCGGCCCUGGCCGCUGGAAGACCCCGAUAGCACCCCACUCCGGCCCCGUGGGCGCCUCCCAACCUUCCCGUUCAGAUCUUCCACCUCCUCCUCCUCCUCCACCUGCGCACUACGACUACGAGCCGCAAACCGACAUGCCGCUUCCUCCACCACCCUCCAUUACGCAGCAGCAGGCAGCAGCCGCUGCGGCCACUGCCGACCGCAAGAAACGCGAGGAGCAACAGCGCUGGUAUGAGAAGGAGAAGGCCAGGCUUGAAGAGGAACGAGAGAGAAAGAGAAGAGACCAGGAGCGGAAAUUGGUGCAGAUUCGCAACCCUCCCGGCCCAGUCAUGCACAACAACCAGCAUGGUCCGCUGCCGCCCGCCCCUCAGCACCAACAGAUGCCCCAUCCACAGCUUCCCAUGCAGGUGCCCCAACCGUACCUUCCCCCGGUCCAGCUGCCCCAACCACCACAGCCACAACCCGCUCGACCCGACAAGCUAUCCAGCCUUCCCCGCCAGCCACCACAGGACACAGUAAUACGUGACCUCUUGCCCCAGCAGCAGCCACGCACCAUUGAGAGACGUGACUUGCAAUACAUCACCAUCAGCAAGGAGGAACUGUCGGCCAGUGACAGCCUGUCGCCUGACCCCUGGAAGAGGGACGCCCGUGAGAAACUGGAGAAGCAGCAACAGCUUCACAUCGUGGACCUCCUGGACAAGGAGAUCCAGGAGCUUCAGGCCAAACCCGAACGCACGGCCGAGGAGAAUGACCGUCUGCGCAAACUCAUGCUAGAGUGGCAGUUCCAGAAGAGACUGCAGGAGUCCAAGCAGAACGAGGAGGAUGAGGAGGAGGAGGAUGACGAAGAUGUAGACACCACGCUAAUUAUGCAGAGACUGGAGGCUGAGAAGAGAGCACGGCUACAGGACGAGGAGCGACGACGGAAACAGCAGUUGGAGGAAGUCCGUAAGCGUGAGGCAGAAGAGCGAGCCAAACAGGAGGAGGAGAGACGCUGGAGAGAGGAGGAGAGAGCCAGACGAGAGGCCGAGGAGAAGGUAUUGAGAUCGAAGCGGACCAGCUUUAAAUGUAAUUUAAAUAUAUUUAUAUACAUGCAGUUCACCAUUAUGUGCCCAGCAGCUUUUGCAAUUAUCUUGCUAAUCGCUCUUGAAAUUACAUUGAUGUUUCUUGUGAAAUUCACGUUGUUUUUACCAUUUGACAAAAUUAAAACAGGAUUUAAUUCAUACACUGGAAACACAACAGGACUAGGAUCGGGAGAGAUUUACAAGGACCCGCGAGAGAAGUGGACGAAAAGCGGCCCCGAUCAGGAGAACACAAUAGGAGGAGCUCCAGAGAGCCUGACAUUUAAGGAGCGCCAGAGACUCUUCUCACAGGGAAAGGAAGUGUCGAAUAAAGUGAAAGCGUCCCGAAAGCUCAUGGAACUGGAGAACGAACUGAACAUAAAGCAGUAGUGAAGAGCCCUAGUAGGACUAAUUGCCAAUACGUGAGCCAUCCCUGGAGAAAAAAACGCAUAAAACACAUCCAGCUGUGGCUUCCCAGUCACUUCCAAAUGUUCUUUUUGGGUUUUAUUGAAUAACUGGACGAUUAAGUAUCAUUUAGCUGCAAUAAGAGACGAUAUUCCUAAAUUCUCUCGAAAGAUAUAUUAUAAUAAAGCACUGUAAAUUGUU